AUGAUCCUGAAAGUGGUAUUCUGCACUUUGUUGGUUGUUGUGGGAGCCGAUAAGCUUCCGUCUACUUCUUACGGAGCACCCGCCAGGGGAAGUGGAGGCUUCACUGCGGGAUCCAGAGGAGGCUUUGGUGGGGGUUUCGGAGGCUCGCCUGCGGGAGGUUUCGGAGGCUCACCUGCGGGAGGUUUCGGAGGCUCACCUGCGGGAGGUUUUGGAGGACCAGCUAGUGGAGCCUUCGGAGGUUCAGCUGGUGUAGGCUUCGGGGGAGCUGGUAGUGGAAGUUCUCUUAGCGGAAGUUACAGACCUUCAGGUCCCGUAGUCCCAAUCUUAAGAGACGACCGUGAGGGACCUGAUGAGUAUGGAAACUAUAAUUUUAACUUUGAAACUGGUGAUGGCAUCAGUCGUCAGGAGCAAGGCGCCCCUCAGGGUCCAACUGGUGCUGUGGCAGCUCAGGGAGGAUGGACAUUUACUUUCCCCGAUGGAACUCCCGCUGUUUUCAACUUCGUAGCAGAUGAAGGUGGUUACCGCGUGGAGUCUCCUCUUCUGCCACCUGUCCCCGCCCACGCUAUCGCCCAGAUCGAGAAGGCUCGUCAGGAAGACGCCGCCGCAGCUGCUGCAGGUGGACGUGGAUCAUACAGUGCUCCCUCAGGUUCUGCUUCUCAGUUUACUGGAACACCUGCUGGAGGCUUCGGUGGUUCCCCUGGUGGUGGCUUUGGUGGUUCCCCUGCUGGUGGCUUCGGUGGUUCCCCUGCUGGUGCCUUCGGUGGCUCGCCUUCAGGUGGCUUAGGAGGUUCAUCUGCUGGACUCUUCGGUGCUUCACCUAGUGGCUUCGGAACCUCAAGCCGUGGAGGUGCUCCUGUGGCUCCCAGUAGGACUUACGGAGCCCCAUAAGCAUUAAUCUUUACCGUACAAAUGACUCCAUCAUUCUCGAUACAUAUUCGUUAGCUAUUUUCUCACCUGAUAUCUUGUUCUGAACUUCUGUCAUUCCUGGAUUCCUUAGUCACACUAAUUUUGUGAAUUAAGUCAGCUAAUCUUGCCACAGAUAAUCUGUUAUUUGACGUUGCAUGACAGUACGCUUAUUUUAUUGUUACGUAUUUAAUAAAAAA